AUGCUUCAUUUAAGAUAUCUAUUGAACAAUAGUUUAUUGAGCAUAUCUGCAUCAGAAUCAAGGAAUAUUCGAGCACGUGCUUAUCCAAUAAUAGUAGGAAAUGCUCGAAUGACACGAUAUGCGUUAAACCCAGUGCUGUCACCUGGACUGGACUAUUCCACUGGAACAUUUCACUCCAGUCCAGUCCACUGGAACACAGG